AUGGAUGCGGCGAACGGACGGCCCAUAUGUAUAAUCCCCACCAGCUUUACAAUGACUAAUCCAAAGUCAAGAAGACCUGUGAAGUCUAACGAAGCGAGACUCGGAGUUGUGUUCAAGUAUUGCAUAUUUCAAUUGUUCACUCAUUUGAAUAAAAGCGCCGCAAAUAAUAUACUAUUUCUAUUCACAAACGUCCGGAGCACUCAUUACAUGCCCGGGGAAUCCGGUCCCGCUUUGAUCAAAAUUUUGGACCAAAUCCGGGAAAAUCCGCCAAAUGUUGACAUCCCUUAUGACGAGAACACAACGUAUUGUUUUGAUAACGAGUCGUUUCGAUAUCUCGUGGCUUCAGUUCCGCCAAAUAAUAUACAGUUUGACCCCCGAUAUAAGUCCACUUACGUUGACAGUUGGGACAGAUCCGUAGAGGAAUGUCAACGAUUAUUUGAUUACAUAAUACAAUUGCCGGCACACAAAGUGAUGGACACCCUAUCGCUCAAUAACACCAAACAAAUGAUACAAUUAUUAAUCAAACCGUUGGCCGACAUCUCGAAGAAUAUCGCGGAUAACGUAAUGCAAUGCGAGAGACAUAUCAUUGAAGUGAAUGAAUACAAGGGAACGAUUGAAGAGUUGCGCAAAAAACUGGAAAUACCGUCGGUUGAGAUCAUAUCCGUACCGUUCGGUCGGCCCAAGACUGUGUGCGGCCACGAAGAGUGCUGCGAACGAACCACAAACAACGGCGUAACCAUAAUCAAUUAUAAAACCAAAUGCCAUUCACCCUGCUACCUCAGCUUUGGCGAUGGCGACAUUAUUGGCAACCAAGGUUUAAAACGAUGCAAAGCGUUUAGUAUGUACAGUGGCACCGAUCGUGACCCGGGCGAACCAACCGGCCAGUGGUGGGAACGCCUAGUUAUAGCACCUAUCGAAAAGGUAGCGGAGGUUUUUACCGAGUCGGACAUGUGCCGGGAGUGUGGCCACAGUUACAGCAAACACCUGCAUCUGCUCAACGAUACGCAGACUAAAGUGACCAAGGUGCGCGACCAGGAGGUGGACAAAGCGAUCGAGUCGACCCAAUCGGCCGCUGAGGCCAAAGAGCUGCAGAUCCAACGUCUGGACCAACGGAUUGUCGAAAUGAAGACCGAAAACGAGACAAUUGUUAAGUCGAUGUCAAUGUUUGCCUGUUUUCUGGCCAACAAUUCGCUGACGCCUAUAAACGACGCGUUCAAGCAUUACGUCGAGCAUCUGAUAGCCAACGAACAGUUGGUCACUACCGGUGCCCACAGCCGGACAGCCAUCGCACGACUCGAGCAGGUGUUACAGCAAUACGACGAGCAAAAACAGUUGAUCCAAAAGGUGAUGGACGGGUCGGUCACCGUAGCCGAGGGUUCGGCCAUUACGCCCAUGGAAAUUGAUAGUCGCGUCGACCAACUGUGCUCGCUCAAACAUAAAGGCCCCGAAAUUCGCACCAUGUUGGACCAACAGAAACAGGCCAAGGUUAAUCAUAACGCUGAUUGCAAUCGAGUGCAAUAUAAGCCACAAGUGAAUAAAGGUAAUUGCUGCUUAACCAAUAUGGCCGAACAGUUUAGUGAUCAGGAUGAAGUGGCCAGAAUGCCACUCGUCAAGAAAAAAGAGAUAACAAUACUAUUGUUGAGCGAAUCAGGUGUGGGAAAGUCCACAUUCAUUAACGCAUUCGUAAACUAUAUGUCUUUCGAAAGUAUGGAUGCGGCGAACGGACGGCCCAUAUGUUUAAUACCCGUCAGCUUUUCCAUAACUGAUCCAAAGACAAGAAGCCCUGUGAAGGUAACACUGGGUAAUCAGAAUGACAACGAAAAUACUAGAGACCCGACACAAUCGGCCACAAAGUAUCCCAAGUGUUAUACGUUUGAAACCGAGAAGAUUGCGCUCAAUAUUAUCGAUACGCCGGGAAUUGCGGACACGGAUGGCGUGGAGAGGGAUAAUAGAAAUAUGCAAAACAUUUUAAAUUUUAUUAGCAAUUAUCGGGAAAUCAACGCCUUUUGUGUGCUCUUAAAGCCAAACGAAUCGAGAGUUGGCGUUGUGUUCAAGUAUUGCAUAUUUCAAUUGUUCACUCAUUUGAAUAAAAGCGCCGCAAAUAAUAUACUAUUUCUGUUCACAAACUCCCGAACCACUCAUUACAUGCCCGGGGAAUCCGGUCCCGCUUUAAUCAAAAUAUUAAAGCAAAUCCGGGAAAAUCCGCCAAAUGUUGACAUCCCUUAUACAGCGGACACAACCUAUUGUUUCGAUUCCGAGUCCUUUCGAUAUCUCGUGGCUUCGGUUCCGCCAAAUGAUAUACAGUUUGACCCGAAAUAUAAGUCCAGUUAUGUUGACAGUUGGGACAGAUCUGUGGAGGAAUGUCAACGAUUAUUUGAUUACAUAAUACAACUCACACCACACAAAGUGAUGGACACACUAUCGGUGAAUAACACCAAACAAAUCAUACAAUUACUAAUCAAACCGUUGGCCGACAUCUCGAAGAAUAUCGCGGAUAACGUUAACCAAUGCGAGAAACAUAGGACUGAAGUGAUUGAGUGUAUGGGAACUAUUGAUGAGUUGCGUACAAAACUAGACAUCCCAUCGGUUGAGAUCAUAUCCGUACCAUUGGAUCGGCCGGAGACUGUGUGCAGCGCUGAGCAGUGUAUUGAACGGGUGACAAACCACGGCGUAACCCACAUUAAUUAUAAAACCAAAUGCCAUUCGCCAUGCUACCUCAGUUUUGGCGAUGGUAACAUCGUGGGCAAUGAUGGUUUGCUCAGAUGCAACGCGUUCAACGAAUAUAGCACAAGCGAUUGCGAAUCAUAUGGAUUUUUAGACAUGUUAUUAUUACCAUAUGUAGCACUUAUGGGCUUAUUUACCGAGCAGACAGAGUGCCACGAGUGUGGUCACAGUUAUGAUCAGCACAUGCACAUGGUGAACGAGACGCAAACUAAAGUGACCAUGGUGCACGACCAGGAUGUGGACUCGCGGAUCGAGUCGACCCGAUCGGUCGCUGAGACCAAAGAGCUGCACAUCAAAGGUCUGGACCAACGGAUCGCCGAAAUGGAGGCCGAAAAC